AUGACGAACGUCGAAAACGGGUCCAGUCUCCACCUCAAGACCCUGAAGACCAACGUCCCAAGCGAGUAUGCCACUUCAGGCAGGGUCCGACAGUGGCUUCUCCAACACCUCGAGAACCGCAAUGUCGACCUGGUCAAUGGACCGGAAGCAUUCGUCUGUUUGUGGAAUGGCUCCGAGCUUCACUCGCUGCAUCCAAACCACAUAUUCGGAUCUCUCAUCUCCCAGGGGAUUGCCCCGCAGACCGCCCACCACGUCGUCGGAGAUAUGAUGGAAUGUUUAGAGGACUACCGUGCCAGACGCGCGGCUUGUGUGGCUUCUGGCCAAGUUUGGUUUCCCGAUCCAGACCCGGAGCCAGAGUCACAGCCAAAGGGGCGGCCUGAGCCGGAGGAGCGGCGACUUCGUCUUGCCGAAGAUUGCGAGGCUUUGCCAGAGCAGAUGGAGAAUUCCCAGAGUUGGUAUUCUUCCUUGACAACUGCCAGGGGUGGAGUGCUUGCAGCUGGAGUUUCUCUGGCAGUGGGACUUGGGGUUAUGACGUGGUAUUUGGUCAAUCCUCCUUCGAAACAAGAAGAUAAGAAGUAA